AUGUCUUCAGCAUUUGAUCGUCAGGUUCGCCCCAUCUAUGAUGCUCUCGACUCUGGGUCCAACAAGCCAGCCAUCAUCGCGUGCACCAAGCUGCUUAAAAAGUAUCCAAAAAGCACUUUGCUGAUGGCUCUCAAAGCUCUCGGUCUAGUGCGUUUGCAGAAAGUGGAAGAAUCAAUGAUGCUUUGUGACGAAGUACUCGCAACGAAAACUACAGACGAUUCCACUCUCUCAAUCAUGACUCAUGUCCUUAGAGGGCUGGGGAGGUUCACGGAUAUGAUUGCAAUGUUCGACGAUGCCUUCAAACGACAACCUCAUAACGAAGAACUCGGCGCUCAAACCUUCUUUGCUAACAUCAGAACGACUAACUGGAAAGCAGCUCAACAAGUAGCGAACAAGAUGCACAAGCAAUUUCAAGAAGACCGAUAUCUAUACUGGAACAUCCUUGCAGUUAUUCUCCAGGCCAAUGACUCCACUACCCCCCCUAAUAUGCGCAACUUACUUUACAAGCUCGCUCAUAGGCAUGUCUUGUCUUCUCCCACCCCUUCUUAUUUGAGCGCGGAUCGAUUUCACCUGCAUCUUAUUAUUCUGCAAGAGUUGCAGCUUUUUGACGAAGCCCACACUUUGCUAGAGAGUGAAGUAGGGAAAGCCAUCUGCUCAACCAGCCUCGUCUGCAAUCACACACGGCGAGACAUUUGGCGGCUCCGUGGACUAUGGGAAGAAGAGGGUGAGCGUGCACAACGGAAUAUAACUGAGAGACGAGACCGGAAUUGGCUAGAGUUUUUAUCCGUAUUGGAUGCUACCUUUUCUACCGUCUCAUCUCCUCAUCAGCAGGAAGUGACAGAAGCUGUGAAGUCUGAAUGUAUCGAAUGCAUUUCAAAGGCGCGACAGUUUUUCACUGAGAUUGCCGAGGGUGACGGGCGUAAAGACCGGUCGGGAUUUCUAGCACUUCUUGAACUAGAGAAACGGUCGAUCACCAAUGGGCUGGUGUCAGACCAAACGGAGCUGCUAACUUUGAUGAAAAGAUAUUACAACACCUUCGGGGAUAAAGCUUGCUGUUUCGAAGAUACAAGGCCAUAUCUGGAACUUCCUGAUGAUAGCCUGUCGGCCUGGACAAGCUUCUUAGAAUCACAAACUGUCUCCUAUGUAGAUGUAUCAGAACUGCAGCGGUGUAUCAACAUCCGAAAACUAACACGCUACAAUCUUCCAGAAUCCCAGCUUUCUCCAGAGUCAGAAUCUACUAGAGCAGUAGAGUAUCUUAGCGACUAUCUAGAAGGUCUUCAUCUUGGAAACAGUUUGCCUGUGACCGAACUACAGCCUGUAGAUGACCUUGCUAUCCUAGCUGGUCAGGCUUUCGUCAACUCGUGGAAAACUUCCGGCGAUGUGAAGUACCUGUUUAGCGCUGCGUUGGUCUUGGAGUUUGCUUUGACGAAAAGUCGCCUGUCAUUCCCCAUCCGACUUUUACUUGUCCGAAUUUACCGCUUACUUGGUGCAUCUUCGCUCGCUAUAGAACAUUAUCGUGCUAUGCAUGUGAAACAAGUUCAAAAUGACACGCUCUCUCACUUUAUUCUGUCACGCGCUUCAACGUUUUCCUCAGCCGCUACUGGUGAUCUUACAUACCCUACCGAAUGUAUAGAAGCCAGUCAAAUAUACAUCAGCAAUACACAAGAGACUGCCGAAUUCAUAACUCGGGCCUUCUCUGCUGAGAAAUACACGCAGAUCCCGGACUUUAUGACCUUCGAGGAUAGACUUGAGAAUUCUCUUCAACGCGAUCUUGUAAAAGUCGAGCAUGUUCGCAUGCGCAUUUCCCAUGAACAUCUUGAGCCAAAUCUCAUAGACUCUGAACUCGUAGAAUUGAAGUUUGUCUUCGAUCGCGUUCAUCAUGAUAAUCGUGACUUUGAAAUCUUGCCCAACUAUCAGCCCCGUUCACAGCCUUCGUACAACGAACAGACUCUUCUAUUUGGCAGUUCACCAAGUUACGGUUGGCUAGGGUUGUUCCUAAAAGUAUAUAUCCGGGCAUUCCAGCAAGCCAGCGAUCUAGACGAAAGCGUGGAAGAAAAGCUGCUUGUUGGUGAUAGACCAAUCAAACCCAGCGACCUGGAGAAGAUUUCAUUAAAGGAGCGAUUAGCUGAGAGGAAACCAGAAGAAUACAACGAGCUAACAUCGGAUGAACGUCUCUUCGUUGACUGGGCUACUAUACUGGGUGACUGGCUUGAACCUUACCAUGAUCAUACUAGGCCACCACCAGCGGUAGUCUUGGCUGAGGCUGCGAAACAGACAGAAAAGGCGUAUCCUUUGAAAGGUCAUGUCACUCCGCCAGUGAGUGACAGUGCUUCCAACGGUCAUAGCAAGAAAGAGGAAGAAGCUCCUGCUGUGAAAAAGGCGCCUGAAGCCGUUGCCAACUUCUUUGAUGAAAUGACUCAACGCUUUAAAAGCCUAGUGGAGAGUCAGAGUCCACCCUCAGAGAUAUUGCAUGUGGCUGCUCUGACCCAGGAGGCCUUCCUUGUGUUCACUAUGGGGACGCUAAGAUUCAGAUCUGCUCCGCUGGUCAAAAUUCACAAAUUAGGUGCUCUGGUUCAGAUGUUUAAUGAAAUACGCACGAAAGCUAUAUGUGUACUACGAGACAUGCAAAGUCAUCUUGCACAAGUCAGUGAAGGUGAGAAUACCGUGGAGAGUAGGAAGCAGUUCCUCGACCUCCCUGUUAGUUCCAAGCUUGACCACGAUUUCGUGAUAAACAUUGCGAAAAAAAUACGGGAGUCUCGGAAGAAGACACUAGAAGGAGCUGGGAAAGGCAUGUUGAAAAUCUGUAGCACAUAUGAGCACGCAUAGAAUUAGGGAGAUAGGGCAGAGCUAAGUAUCAUAACGUACGAUAGCUAGCGUUGAAGGGCAUAUUCAAAACAACACACUUCUCAUAU